AUGGCCAACUACCGCGACUCGACGCGAUGCGCGGAAACCUUGCGCUCGCUCUUGACGCAGGCCGCGCGCCCCGACUUGGUCGCGAUCAGCCUCGUCGACCAAGUGUACGCAAGCGAGGCCUCCUGCGUCGACGCGUACUGCAAACUGGUGGGCGACGCCAUCUGCCGGCAAGCGCCGCUGCGUCGCCAAGUCUCGAUGGACGCGGCGGAAGCCACGGGUCCCACCGCCGCACGGUACGUCGCGGAGGCUGCGAUCGACUCCCGCGUCGACACGUUUGCACUGGGCAUUGACUCGCACCUUGUAUUUGUACAUCACUGGGACGUCCGCCUCAAGGACGAGUGGGACGCGGUGCAGAAUCCGUUUGCAAUCCUCACGACGUACCCCAAGUCGACGGACCACGCGACGCGCGUCAUGGGCCGCCUCCUGCAUGCGAUCGGCGUCUACUCCAUGUCGAUCAUGUGCUACGCGCGCAUCGAGACGGACGACGAAGAUGCAAUGGUGCAGUACAGCGCACCGCACCAAGACUGGUCGCUCUUGUCGCCGUCGUCGCCGCGGCUCAUUGCGCAGUUUGCGGGCGGCUUCAACUUUGGCCCGGCCGCCCACGCGGUCUGGGUCCGGAACGACCCGUACACGCCGUACCUCUUUCACGGCGAAGAGUACUCGAUGGCCGCGCGCCUCUUCACGCACGGGUACGAUUUAUACGCGCCGCGCGUCGACAUUGUGUACCAUUGGUACGAGCACCGGCAUGUCAUCUGGGAGCGCGACUGGGACACACGCUACUUUGUGCAGCAAGCGUCCAAGCGCCGCGUGCGCGCGAUGCUCGGGCUGCCGAUCACGACAUUCGAGGAUGUGGACCGCACCGAAUUGAGUCGCUUUGGGCUCGGCCAAGAACGCACCAUGGACCAGUUUAUUGCCUUCUCCGGCAUCGAUCCACUCGCAGAGUUCAUCAAGGGCGAGACGCGCCAGUUCGACAACUGCAAGCUUCUGACGCGCGUGCCAACGCUCUCGGAGACGACCAAACAUCGAGCAUCAACCUAA